UGCAAUGAAGAUGAUGCACAUUGCACAGUAGAAAAUCCCGUAACUCUUUCCUUUGCUCUCACACUUCCACGUAAUGUGAAAAAAUUGUCUGUUUGACAUACAGACAACACAUUUCUGUUGCUCAUCAAAUGAGAACAUCUGCUCGUUUUCUUGCAAUUAGAUUAGCACGUCUGGAAAUAAAUAAUUGCAGCAAAUUUCAAGUAUUGUGACCACACUUGUGUUCAUUUGUCUUUUGAAUUAUUAAUAAAUCUCGAAUUGCGUAAUCUUUAUUUGUUUUGAUUGUGGUGUGCAAAUUGAGUACCUAAUGAACAACUAAAUUUAAAGGAUGUACAUAAUAAGGAUAUUGGUUUAUCAUUGCAGUCUGGGAUCGCAUAAUGAUCAUUCGCGAAUUGAAACAACCAAGGGGCAUCAAGGACUCUCAAUUAAGAAGUUUAAACCCACAUAAUUCAGGGCAAUGACGAGAAUAGAGAAUAUCUAUGUACUUUGGCCCAUAAUUGGUCAAAUCGGUGCUUAGCACCUCAGAUACUAAUAAAGAUGCCCAUAUCUUCAAGAUUGAGUAGUGAGCCCUUGAAUGUCUUCACCUCCAAAAAUUGGCUUUUAUUUCUCGUCGCAGCGAUUCAUUUGUCGGCCGCACUGAGUCAUUUUCUUCUCUCGGUCGUCAGCAAGUACGUAAGCAGAGAUAUUCAUUAUGGUGAUCAAGCCUGCGUUCCUGCCACGGACUCCAAUGCAACCCUGGCAAUGUGCAGUGUCGCCAAGUCGAAUGAAACAUGUCAAAGCAUUUCAAGCAGCGAAGGAAACACUUGCAUUUGGGACUACACUGGACUUGGAUUAGAUUACCAGUUAUUGGCAGGGCCUAGUUUUAUGGCCGUCUUCACAACGACGAGCAUUCUGUGGGGUUUGGCCGCCGAUCGAUUUAAUCGAAUAAAUCUGUUGGUUUGGUGUAGCAGUGUCUUCAGUCUUGCAACGAUUUUGACUGCAUUUGCGACCAAGUUUUGGCAUCUUGUGAUUCUAAGGAUGAUUUUGGCUGCUGGGGUGGCCGGAAUAGGUCCAAUAUGCCCAGGGAUCAUUUUCGACGCUUUUCCGGAAAAGCAUAGAGCAUUAGCAAUGGGUUUUUUUCAUUGGGGAAUUUAUCUUGGAGGUGGUUUGUCAAAUGCUAUUGGAAAAACUGUAACCGAUCUCCACAUAUUUGUUCAGGGAUGGCGUGGAACAUUUCUUUCAGCCGGAAUACCUGGAAUUAUCCUUGGAUUGUUAGUGUUUUUAACUGGAAAGGAUCCUCCUAGAAUUCACAAAGGACAUGAGCAGGAUUUCCAUUCGCAUAUGCAUCAUGGACACGCAACCAGUGGUUGUCCACCACCAAAGACUAAUAAUAGAACGCUAAACAAUAUGCAUGUACAAGAAGAGGAUGACGAGGACCAGGAGGAUGUUAUUGAAUAUGAAACCUGUGAGGCUCAAGUACUUAUAGAGCAACAUCAUGUAAAAUACCAAACAGCAAAUGCGAUCCCAUUUUCUUUAUGGAAAUGCUGUCUCGAACCCCCAGUUUUGAUGCUUGGAAUUGGAGCUUGCAUUCGUCAAGCUGCUGGAUACACAUGGGGAUAUAAUUCAGCAUUGUACUAUCAGACUUAUUACCCAAACUUUGAUGCUAGUUGGUGGCUGACAUGGAUAACUAUUUUUGGGGGGUCGAUUGGGGUUAUUUUCGGAGGAUUUGUAUCUGACAUCUUGGUAUCUCGACUAGGCCUGUCAGCCAGGGCUUUGGUCCUAGCUGUUAGCCAGGUUGUGGCAUUUCCAUUCGCACUGGCUACUUUGUGCUAUGACCCACCAAUAUCAUUUUUUGCUCUGCUUAUUGGCUACUUUUUUGCUGAAAUGUGGUAUGGCGUUGUUUUUGCUAUUCUCGUUGAACUUCUCCCACAUGAGAUAAGGUCUUUAGGAAUGGCUGUAGCCCUCUUCGCCAUUAACAAUUUUGGGGGAAAUGUUCCUGUGAUUAUCUCCCCGCUUUCUAACGCACUGUCAUAUAGGACCGCACUGAUUUACUUGUAUCCAGGGUCAUUGCUGCUUAGUUCGUUCCUAUUCUUUAUGGGAUAUCUCUCCAUAUCGAAGUAAUCCCCCAAUUAUGAAGUAAUUUACCCCGCUCGCUUCUAUAUGUAUACAUACUUAUUACAUUGUACCUGACGAACCUGACGACUGUCUAGAUUGGUGCUAUUCUGUGAUUUUUACGAAUAUAUCAAUUUUGUUAAGCCCAUUUAGUUUACUCAUUUUUUGAACCGUAUCAGAACUUAUGAAUCAUGGUGAAUAACACCUUGUACUUUAAAUUAUUAAAUCCUGGGAAAAAUAAAAAUUUAUUUUUUUACAACUCCAAUAAAA